AUGGGGAAGUACAGGUUGAAUAUGACUCUUCAGGGACCGAAUGGCGGGAACCUGCACUCCAGCAGCGGCGUGCCGAACCCUGGGCAGCAGGAUCCCAGACUGCAAGGCGGUCUAGAUCCAGGACCUGCACCCCACCCCCAACACCCCGCCCCCGCCCGCCCGGUCUUCUACGUACAUGCUCCGCCUCCGCUCCCUUUCCUCCACUACCAGUGGCCCGUGCCCUUCUCUUACAACCCCUUUGCGGGCUUCCCAGGCAUGGGUUAUGGUAUGGUCAUGCCCCCGUUCCCUCCUCCUCCCCCCUACAUGGAGGCUCCAUCCUACGUUCUCCCCCACCCUCACGUCCAGGCGGUUGACUACAGACGCUUGCUCCACCCCCAGCCCCACGCUCCCUGCGCCCCCUACCAGAACCAGACCCGCAGAGUCCGCCCGCCUCACAGCGUACCCGUCAGAGAAACGGUGAACUCCGAGGUCCAAACAGAACCGCCGCACAGAGGCACGGGUGGUUAUGGCGGGGGGAGCCUGAUUGUCGGCUCAGACUCUGGGCACGGAACGGCCUCCAGCUCUCCGUCUUCAAGCUCCAGCUCCCAAAAAGGAGGCUCUGCUGAGGUGGAGAACUACACCUUACCUGGCGACGCAGAGGACGUCCAGGUGAAGAAGAGCGGUACAGGUAGCCCCGUCGCACGCCGCUUUAACGUCCCGGAUCCUGCUGCAGCGAAGACGGUCUUGUCUCGUAUCAGAGCAACUGAAGAGACGCAGAAGAGCCGUAAAGAUGGCGUCGAUCAGGAGAACGCCCCCCCCUGCAGGAACCGUCGCUGCGACGUGUGGUCGGCGAGCUCCCCGGACAGCAUGGUCCCGGUGUGCAGCUCCUCCCAGCAAGAGGACGAGGCCGUCAAAGAGAGACGGGUCUCUAUUCCCGACAUCCUGAUGAGCUGGGGAGGGGGCACGCCGCAGGAGACCAUGCUGAAGACGGCAGGUGAGGAGCCGCCUCAGAAGAACCAGACGGACCCGGCGGCGGUGGCGUCUGACGGCGAUGAAGACGCUGAUGAAGACGUUGCGUGUAUCCUGAGUUCUAAGGACAGUGAAGCCCUCUUCAAGAUCCUCAAACUGCCUCCCGCUCUUUAUGACCUCCUGUCAGAGUCCAGAGGAGACGACGAGCCCGUGGAGUCGCUGGACUCUGUGAGCCGGUGUCUCCCCUGCAGAGAGGAACUGAUGCGUUCACUGAACAAAUCCCACAAGCUCCCGGACGACGAGCAAACGACCGGCGACGAGACGAGUCUACACGAAGACACCGCGGACAUCAUUCCUUAUCAAAUGCCUCUGAGCGGCUGCCGGUCCAGGAGGAACGUGAACGAGUCUGUUUGGUCUGUGGAGUCUCUCGCCCCGUUUGUCCCCACCAAGGAGUGGCUGCUGCAGAACGGCAUGUUUGAGCCUCAGGUCAUCGUCGAGAUGACGGAGGAAGCUGAGAACUGCAGACACUCCACCCAGACUGACAACCCGGCCGUCAAAGCUGACAGGCGGACCCGCAGGUUGUCCUCCUCCGACUCCGCCCCCAUGUCGGACAGCUGGCUGAUCUUCAGCACGCCGGCUGAGAAGCCGAGUCCACCGAAGAAGCCAGAAAUGGCGAGUGACAUUUCCGCCUCUGAAGCGAGAGGAGCGGAGGAAAGCCGGAACACGACUCCUUCAGAGAAGGACCCCUCGGCUUCCCCGGCCCGCCCGCAGAGGCAGAUAACUGUUUGUUCUCCCGCCGCGGAGACUGUGGAUGAAAAUGGGUCUUCUGAACCCGAGGCUAAUCGAAGCCCAAACCAGGAAUCUCUUAUUUUAAACGAGCGGCGGGAGAAUGGCGCCGGCUCUCCUGAGCGGGAAGCGACUCUGCUCUUGAGCUCUGCAGCAGGAGAGAGAGUCUCGUCUACAGGUCACCUGACCUGUAGAGGGGACGAGGUGGACGACGGGGCGUGCGGUCGCGAAGAAGUCCGAAAGGAGCAGCUGUGCGUCCCGAAGGUCGACCAGAAGACGUCUGAGGUGUCUCCGUCAAAGGGACAUUUAGUGGACUGUGGCGUCCAGUGCAGCGAGCUCAGGUGUGCGUGUGAAGAGUCGAACGGCGGCGCGGCGCCAAACAGAAGGCAUCCUUUCAAAUUCUCAGAUACGAAGAGGGCGAGCGGCGGGAAGGACGAGGGAACCUGCAGGAACGCACACGUGCAGAAAAACCACAAGAGGCACGGUCAGUGGAAGAGCAGAGGUUCAGAGAAGCACGGCAACCAGCAGGAAGUCUACUACGGAUACUACGGCAAACCUGGGAAAUCUAAAGGUGGAAAUGGAAGAAAUCCACGGAACUGACUCUGACCCGUCUCCAUGACAACACUGUCUUUUUUUUUUUUUU